GCCGCCCCAGUGAGUGAGCGAGCGAGCGCCGCGCGCGCCGCCGCUGCCACCUCCGCUGCUCGGCCCGGUCCCGGAGCGGCCUGGCCGGCCCGCGGGGCGCGGAGCCGAGGCCCGCGGCCGGCUGCAUGAAGGACUGCGAGUACCAGCAGAUCAGCCCCGGGGCCGCCCCGCUGCCCGCCUCCCCGGGGGCGCGCCGUCCCGGCCCCGCCGCGUCCCCGACUCCGGGCCCCGGGCCCGCGCCGCCCGCCGCCCCCGCCCCCGCCCCCGCCCCGCCGCGCUGGAGCAGCAGCGGCAGCGGCAGCGGGAGCGGGAGCCUCGGCCGCCGCCCACGGCGCAAGUGGGAGGUGUUCCCAGGUCGCAAUCGCUUCUACUGCGGCGGCCGCCUCAUGCUGGCCGGCCACGGCGGCGUCUUCGCGCUCACGCUGCUGCUUAUCCUCACCACCACCGGCCUCUUCUUCGUCUUUGACUGUCCCUACCUGGCUCGCAAGCUGACCCUUGCCAUCCCCAUCAUCGCUGCCAUCCUCUUCUUCUUCGUCAUGAGCUGCCUGCUGCAGACAAGCUUCACCGACCCUGGGAUCCUGCCCCGGGCCACUGUCUGUGAAGCAGCCGCCCUGGAGAAACAGAUCGACAACACAGGCAGUUCUACAUACCGGCCACCCCCUCGGACCCGGGAGGUGCUGAUCAACGGGCAGAUGGUGAAGCUGAAGUACUGCUUCACCUGCAAGAUGUUCCGGCCACCCAGAACCUCACACUGCAGUGUCUGUGACAACUGUGUGGAACGAUUUGACCAUCACUGCCCCUGGGUGGGCAACUGUGUGGGGAGACGGAACUAUCGCUUCUUCUACGCGUUUAUUCUCUCCCUCUCAUUCCUGACGGCCUUCAUCUUCGCCUGUGUGGUCACCCACCUGACAUUGCGCGCUCAGGGAAGCAACUUCCUCUCCACUCUGAAGGAGACACCAGCAAGCGUGCUGGAGUUGGUGAUCUGCUUCUUCUCCAUCUGGUCCAUUCUGGGCCUCUCAGGGUUUCACACGUAUCUCGUCGCCUCCAACCUGACUACUAAUGAAGACAUCAAAGGCUCGUGGUCCAGCAAGAGGGGCGGUGAGGCCUCUGUCAACCCCUACAGCCAUAAAAGUAUUAUCACCAACUGCUGCGCUGUGCUCUGUGGCCCCCUACCUCCCAGCCUGAUUGACCGGAGGGGAUUUGUGCAGUCCGACACCGUGUUGCCCUCACCCAUCAGAAGCGAUGAGCCAGCCUGCAGAGCCAAGCCUGAUGCCAGCAUGGUAGGAGGCCACCCCUGACCACGGCUCAGUACUUGCCACCUGCUGGCCUGUCUGACCCUCCGCACUCACCUGCCGGGACCCUCCCUAUUCCAUCCAAGGGAAGCAGAACUGCCAAAGACUCAAGUCUUUUCAUAUUUAUUUCCCAUCCUGCGUGGCUUUCCCUGAACUGUUCCGUGGCUGUGCCCUCUGCUCCCCAAACCCAGGUUCCCACAGCCUUGGGCCCUAGGUACCCCAGCUGAUCAGUGCCGGGAGAGACCAGAGCCUCUGGAGGCUACCCAGCGGACCACACCAAGUCCUUGCCUGUGCCGGGCGAGCCCUGUGUGAGUGAGGCUGCAAACUGAGCGUGAGGCCUCCCAGGUGGGGGAACUGCUUGGGCCUUGCUGAGCCAGGGUCCUCAGGGUGAAGCAGGACUGAGGAGUGGCCAGCUCUGGAUAGCAGGCUGUGGAGAGGAAGCCUCCAUGGGCUGCUUUGGUCUGUGGGCUCCUUCGUUCCCUUGGUGAUAAUUGCCCUUUCUUCUGUGGGAUUUUUGGUGGGGUUUUCCCCCCUUUUUUAUGGAGUUGGCCAAUAGGAUUGAGUUGGGGCUCCAGUAGAGAAGGCAGGGUUGGUGGUGGGUGGGGGCAGCCUGUAUCAGACGAAGGUAAAUCAGCCAGCCAGGCACCCACAGCCUCAGCUCCUGUGCAGUUCCUGGGCAGCAGAGUGGAAGUGGGAGCCUGGUCCUUCCCUGCCCAUGGAGAGCUCUUUAAGGGAUCCCAGCCUGCCCCUCCACCUCUCUCCCAAGCCAGGUCCGGGCAUGGGUGGGUUAUGCUCAUGCUGGCAAUACUUGAAACGGGUUUAUUAAUGCUGGGUAUUUUGCACAAUUUUAUAGACCUCUUUUCUACAUAGUCUUUUUUAAAUGGAAGGAGAAAAUGUCAGCCACAUUACUGUCUGUAUAGUGCCAGGUGAAGGGUUAUCAGAAGGCUGGUUGGUUUUAAUAAGUUUAUUCCAAGAGACCUUCUGGCUGGAAUGAGUGAGAGUGUGUGUGCAUGUGUGUGUGUGUUCAUGUGUGCCCUGUAUGAAUGUGGCUGGCUCCCAUAUCCCCUGGGCUGCCCCCUGCCCCAUCCCCUUUGAGUGUCAGAAGCACUCUGAGCCAAGGGGACAGGGGGCACAUGCACUGGUCACGAGAAAACCCUGGGCUCCCACUGGGGCUCAGCCAAGCCUCCUAUCUUUCCUUCUUCUAUGGACUUCAGACAGCCAGUGUCUGGGGACUCUGCCACUCUACCCCCAGCCCUACCCACCAGCCCCCAGGUGAGGCUUCCAGCUGGGACCUGCCCAGACAGGCUGAGCCUGGGCGUGGUGGGUGGGGUGAUGGCUCUGGGGAGCGGCUGCCAUCCUACAAGCCACACCCCCUCCUCUGAGCUCUGAAUAUGGGACCCAGUGCCAGGAGCUGGAAGACAAGGUGUUUCUGCCAAAUGGGGACCUCCAUCCAGAGAAAAGGAAGAAGGUGCAGGGUGGGCCAAGAGGCAAGUGAAGUUUGGCCUGAGUCUGGGCCGGAAACUCAGAGGAUGUUUCUCCUCUGCUGGGAGCUGUAGUUUCUUAUCAAAAUAGAUAUUGUUCCACCAUCCCCCUCCUUGGCCCUUCAAGUGGGCUGAAGCCCUUGGAAAGUGACAUAGGAAAUCCCCAGAUCUUGCCCUUCUCACUCCAGAGGCUAGUGGUCACAGACAGCUGGGAAUGGCAGCCACAGAGGGUCCCCUCUGGGAGAAACAGCUUCACCCCAGCCUCAGGGCCCUGGGCCAUCACUGCAGUGGCCCUGGGAGGUGAGGAAGAAGCUGGCUAGAGGAGGGGGCUCCCACCUACCUUUUAUUUAAGCCAGUAUUCUUUGUUCCUGCUUGUAAUAAAACUUUAGUUUAUAAGA